AUGGGGAACACAUUCAACGAGAACGCGACUAUCAUUUUAUUGACUCGUAACGUUAUGUUCCCAGUGUUUAGGUAGUGGGGGAAGUGAUACAGUCGUCGCCAUGGUAGCGGUACACAUUCCGUACAUAUGUGUACCAGAAUAGCUCAGGGUCGGACCUACUAGAUCAUGGCUAUAAGGUCUCGGGAAACACAGGAAGGACGUGAUUUAAACCGGCGAAUGUUUCAGAAGGCAAACUUGAUGUGUUCUAGUUGAAUUGCCGUUGGAUCCAAAAGACUGUGAAACCACAAAUGAAAUAGUGUGGUGUCGACAGAGAAGAGCAAACGGAUAAUUCAACGACUUGUUCUCCACCUUCAAAGACACCAUAGCAAAACCUGGGAACGGUUUGGAGAGAAAGGAAACCCAUUUGACAUUGAUGGUGAUGUCUGCCCUAGACAAGCAAGUAUCCUCUGGACAAUGCUGACACCAUUGCGCUGUGCUGCAAGUUCCGUCCGAUCUGACCAAUAUUGACGUUGUCCCUCGUUAUUCACCUUUUGUUGCUGCAACCCAGCGUUAAGGUGUCUCCUCUAGCACCUGACCAACAUGGCUCGUCUGAUGGCCCGUCUGUUUCCUGGCUGGCCAGAAGCCACUCUGUCCAUGCCGACAAACGUCACCACCAUGAGCAGUAAUCUACACCUCCUCCGCCAUGGAGGGGUUCUAUGUGACGUUGUCCUGGUGGCAGAAGGCACGUCAUUUCCGGUACACCGCGCCGUCCUGGCUUCCGGCAGUGACUACUUCAAGGUCAUGUUUACCUGUGGGAUGAAGGAAUCUUCUCAGGAUGUAGUGGACUUGAAUGGUAUAAGUGCGACAGGGCUGAGACCACUUUUAGACUACAUCUACACGUCUUCAAUAACUUUGACGUCUGACAACGCCGAGGCUGUGCUGCACACGGCACACCAGCUGCAGAUAGACGUCAUGGACUUCUGCUCACAGUUCCUUUGCGAAGAAGUUGAUGAAGAAAACUGUUUUGAUAUGCUUGCGCUUGCUGAGAUGUACAACCUGCCCAACCUCCUCAUGGCGGCAGGAAAAGCUAUUCUGGAACACAAGGUAGACACAGAAGAGUUCCUGUGCAUUGACAAGCCGACGUUGUGCAAAUUCCUCACCCAUCAAGAGCUGGAUCUUGAGGAAGUUGAGAUCGCGGAAGCCGUUAUCCGCUGGAGGAGAAACAUGUCUCUGGGAUCCACCAGUACGGCAGACCUGUUUAAACAUGUCCGGUUCCCACUUAUAGAGGAGAAGGAGCUUUACGGCAAAGUCUUCGCAACUCACUUCAUCCGGAGUAACCCAGUCCUAGAGGAGCGGGUCCAAGAGGCCAUCAAGUACCAAGAGAACCCUUUCCUCCAGCCCGCCAUGCAGUCGGAGCACACGGUGCCUCGGCGGUCCGUGGAGACUGUCCUGGCGAUCGGUGGGAGGAUGCAGCUGGACGGGAAGACCAAGAUGGAGAAGUGUGCAGACGUGUUAGGGCUGGAGCCCAGGACGGGGAGAUGGAGGAUCAUCACCGAAUUGAAGUGGCCUCAGGCGGUGAACUCCGUCUGCAGCGUGGCGGCUAUGGGCGGGUUUCUCUACACCGUGGGAGGGCAGAACCAGUUCAGGCAGCUGGCGAAGCGGACAACCUCCGGGGCGUGCAGGUACGACCCUCGCCGUGAUACCUGGGUGAAGCUCGCGAGUAUGAACCAAGAGCGCGGCAGUUUUGUACUCCUCGCUCACAAAGGCUCUCUAUACGCCAUCGGAGGCUACGACAUAGAGGGGAUCACCACAAACACUGUGGAAAAAUACACACCAGAGAAAAACGAGUGGUCCUACGUCCAGCCCCUGCCUGUUGAAAGAGGGGGGAGAGCGGACCAUGCAGGUGUGGUCUGCAAUAACCGGAUAUACGUCACAGGUGGGAUAGCACUGGCGACGGACUCUCAAGACGCGACGUUUGUCUACGACCACGUACACGACACUUGGGAACGUAAGGCAUCCCUCAAUGAAGCACGUUUCGGACACGGAAUGGUAUCCGUUGGCGGGAAAAUCCUCGUCCUUGGCGGUUCUAUCACCGAACCGUGUGGUGACAUGUUGGAUAUAUACAGCAUCGAAAGAUACAGCCCAACAAGUGACGAAUGGGCGACGGUCUCCAAGAUGCCGUACGGUCGGUGCUUCGCAGGUGUCACCGUCUUCAUGGACGACAUAUACGUCAUGGGCGGGUUCAACAGAAGAAAAGAAGCUACCAAAAAGGCAGUGUAUAUUUACCACGUGGAGAAAGAUGAGUGGGAGGAGAUGGAAGGACUUGCUAACAGGAACAUGGGCGUGUCGGCUGUGACCUUAAGGGUACCCAGAAGACUGCUGGAGAAGCAGCUGAAGACCAAGACUCUGCUUAAGGCGCAAGUGGCUGACUCUCAGAAGUUCUGGAAAUGAUGAUUGCUGUGACAUAAAUGUGCCCAUGCAUUAUGC